AUGUCGAAAAAAGCCAGGCAGGUUAUCAUUGUUUCCCACAGGAUGGAAUGUAGGAGGGAGAACCUACCCAUUGAGCCUUUGGAUCCAUAUUCAAAGGUUAGAGCUCAUAUAAUCCACAUCGUGCUAAAGGUGUGUUGCGGUGUAGUUUAUGCUGCCGCUUGGAGGUUUCAAGUGCCCCUUCCUGAGAAUCCGCCAUGGUGGAAGGCAUUUGAUGCUGAGAAAUCAGGGAUUGACGAAGUUUGUAGGGUGCUGGCUCAUCUGUACAGCCUUCCUAAAGCAAAGUACGUACCAGUCUGUAAGGAUGGAGAUUCUUUUACAUUUUCUAACAAGUCAUGUAAUUCACAGCCUCGGCCAAUUCCAAAGGCUGCAGCAGAAGUCAAUCCUGAAUCUGGUGGAUCAAAGGGUGUGUUGGCCAAGCUAGCCAUUGAUAAGCUGAAGGACUCUAAAGAGAGUGAUGAAAGGACAGGGACAGGGACAGGGACAGGGAGAGAGAUAAGGAGAGGGAAAGGGAGAGAGAGAGACAGAGACAGAGACAGAGACAGGGAUAGAAUGAAAGUCCGGGGGGCAGGAAUUCUGACCGGGAAUGAGAUCGAGAAGGGGCUGAGAGGGACAGAACCAAGGACCGAGGUUAUCGUUCAAAGGAUAGAGCAAAAGAUUCAGGGGGCAUUUGGAGAAAUCAAGACAUCAGUCGUUCCGAGGUAUGCUUAUUCAAGAAUAGUUCAUAUCGCGACUAUCACAAUUCCUCCUACUCUUCACGGGAAAAGGAUCGCCAUAGACAUCAUUCUUACGCUUCAACUGAUCAUCAAACCUCAAGCUGUUAUGGCCACUGGUCAGGUUCUGUUUCACCAUUUCUAUUUUGCUGCCAGCUGUUUGUGGCUUGCAUCAAAACUGGAGGAAUGCCCUAAAAAAGCCAGGCAGGUUAUCAUUGUUUUCCACAGGAUGGAAUGUAGGAGGGGAACCUACCCAUUGAGCCUUUGGAUCCAUAUUCAAAGGAAUCAUGGUGGAGAUAAAGACCCCAAUCAAGCACUGCUCCUCCUGGCAUUGGAAUUUGGAAUUCAAAAUAUAACAGUAAAGUCAUUAAUACAUCCCAAUCCCGUGCACUUCACAAUGAAAAAAUUUACCAUCACUAGGAAGCAGAAAAGCAGUUGGAAUUGGAGUCCAAACGUGGCGAUGGUUUCAUUGCAAGAUGAGCAGAAGGAGUUAUCGAUGCUUGUGUAUGUCUCGGUGGCUUUUCUUAUUGUUCACAUUGUUAAGACAUCACUAGCAAUGAAUCUUUAUGCAGACAUCACUAGCAAUGUAGUCAAGUUCGCUCUGUUAGGCUUGCUAUGGUUACACGUCACAACAAAAGCAUGA